UCCAGGGAUCCGACCGCGGGCGGGUUGGAACCAUGGGGGAGCCCUGGGCAGCUCGGGGCGCAGAGGGAGCGCCCGCACGGCUGCCGCUGGUGCUCACCGCGCUGUGGGCUGCCGCCGUGGUCCUGGAGCUGGCCUACGUGAUGGUGCUGGGGCCCGGGCCGCCCCCGCUGGGACCCCUGGCCCGGGCCUUGCAACUCUCGCUGGCUGCUUAUCAGCUGCUUAACCUGCUGGGCAACGUGGGGCUCUUCCUGCGCUCGGAUCCCAGCAUUCGGGGAGUGAUGCUGGCUGGCCGCGGCCUGGGCCAAGGCUGGGCUUACUGUUACCAGUGCCAAAGCCAGGUGCCGCCGCGUAGUGGGCACUGCUCUGCCUGCCGUGUGUGUAUCCUACGGCGAGACCACCACUGCCGCCUACUGGGCCGCUGCGUGGGCUUCCGCAACUACCGGCCCUUCCUGUGUCUGCUGCUUCACGCCGCCGGUGUCCUCCUCCACAUCUCCGUGCUGCUAAGCCCUGCCCUGUCAGCCGUGCUUCGGGCCCACUCAGCCCUCUACACCGUGGCUCUCCUGCUGUUGCCCUGGCUCAUGCUACUCACAGGCAAAGUGUCUCUGGCCCAGUUCAUCUUAGCCUUUGUGGUGGACACUUGCGUGGCUGGUGCACUGCUGUGUGGCGCUGGGCUGCUUUUCCAUGGGCUGCUGCUGCUGCGGGGCCAGACCACCUGGGAAUGGGCUCGGGGUCACCACUCCUACGAUCUGGGCACCUGCCACAACCUGCAGGCAGCCCUGGGGCCACGCUGGGCCCUAGUCUGGUUCUGGCCUUUCCUAGCCUCUCCUCUGCCUGGAGAUGGGAUCACUUUCCAGACGCCAGCUGAUGUGGGUCUUGUGGCUUCCUGAGUCCAGGUAGAGCCAGAAAUGAACAGGGCGGAGGGCAGCGGAGGAGGGAACUGAACACUCGUUUUCAGCUUCAUGCCAGCCACAGGAGGGAGGCCAGGCUGGCCCUUCAUGCCUGGAGUGGGUGGCUCUAGCCCCCUCUUUGGACCUGCCCAGUGUUCGCUCUUCCUUCUCUAGAGUUGGCCCCUUUUUGCAGAGAAGGGUCUGGCAAGGUGGCCACUUGGCCCAACUGUCUGCCCCUCUGCCAGGCUGGUAAAGUGCCCACUCAGCUCUUGGCCUCCCUCAUCUUUGCUGGGUUCCUAUCCUUCACUUUGUUGUUUUGGUUGCUCUUUUCCAGUUCUCAUGAUUGUCAGGCCUGGAGACUACAGAAGGCCUGGGAUCCCAGUGGGCCAGGUCUCUGCCUUCUCCAGCCCUGGCAGGGUGUGGUGGGAUCCAGGCAAAGAGAAUCCAAACGUGCUCUAGUGGAUAGCACGUCAUACACGUGUCCGCAGCAGGGGUUUCAAGGAGCUCCUGUAGCUCACCUGUGUGUGGGCUACAGUUAGGAUCUUUGCUCUGUAGGAAACGUAAAAACCCUGCCAGACCACAUGACAGGACUGUGCGGUAGAAAUGUAGGCCUUGUUGGCCUCAAACUCAAGGAGAUCCACCUGCUUCUCCUUUCUGAGUGCUGGGGUUAAGACAUUUGCCACCACAACUGGCCUAAGAGGUUAGAUUUGAAUGCAGGUCUUGAAUCUGCUUUACUUUUGCACAGCUGAAGAGAGUAGGAGAAACAUCAGGGCAAAAAUAAUCAGCUUCCAGGCAUUCCAGAGCCCAUGAAGGACGAUUUUAAUAUUUAUCUGUGUGUGUGUGUGAGAGAGAGAGAGAGAGAGAGCAUGCUUGUGUGCAUGCAUGGACAUUGAAUCCCUAGAGCUGGGCUGUUGCGAGCCGCUGGCUGUGAGUCCUGGGAACUAAGCUUGGGUCCUCUUCAAGAGUAGUGUAGACUCUCAACCGCUCAGCCAUCUCUCCAGCCCCCUCUUUUUUGCUUUUAUUACUACUAUCAUUGUUGAGACAGGGUCUCAUUUAUCAUCCCAGGCUGGUUUGGGACUUGCCAUGUAACCCCAGCUUCUCUGGAACUCAUAGCGAUCCUACUGCUUCAGCUUCCCAAUCACUGGGAAUUACAGGUGUCGUGAACCCACACACCUGGCUUUCAGCAUCUGAUGUAAAUAUAGUAAAUGGCGAAACAGACUUCAGUGCACCAGUCAUCUGUUUGCCCUGAGACUCACUAAAUGGAGAAGUAAAAAUAAUACAAAUUUAUGAGGGGGAAAGAAGAUAGAUGUUUGUGUACCAAAGAGCCUGACAAUGUUUUGAAACAUGACAGGUUGGGAGCUUAGCAGAGAAUUAAAAAUCAAAAUGAUGUGUUCCUAAAAGGAGGGGUAGAUAAGCAAGGCAAAACCUCCCCAGCACUGUGAAAGGGGAGUGAGGCGCUGGGCCAGUCUUGGCGUGCUGUGUGUUGCACGGGCAGAUCUGCUGUCCUCAUUGGCAUUAUCCCUUGCCCUGUAGACUAAUUUUCAUGCGUUUUUAUUUGGGUAUGAAAGGCUCCUUAUAACCCUUACCACAGCUUGUCUGGGAAAACAACCUCUUCCUUGAAGUCCCUGCUGUGCCCAACCGGGCUGGUGGUAAUCAUCCCCUUACUUUGCUUUGGUUGCAUUACGUGUUUGUAUUGGUUCUGCGUGUUUUGGUUGUAUAUGAACAAAUCGCCAAGUUUACUCUUCUGUGGCUUGCCUUUUCACUCAUAUUGUUUCUGAGAUUUAUCCAAAUUAUUGCAUGUAGUGGUAUGGUACUCUCUUUCUCUUCCACAUGGAGAUCUGAAUAUACGAAACAUUUUCUAUUUUA